AUGUUUAGAUUCUUUAACUUUGGUGGUAAUAAUAAUAAUAACCCAGAAAACAACCAACCUACCUCAGAUGAAGAUACAAUCUCUGAAAACUCUGAGUCUGACCAACUUUUUGCUGAAGCUAAAUUACACCUAUAUAGAAGCCAGUACGAACAGGAAGAAUUAAACCAAGUUCGUGCUCAGGUCGCUCAAGAACUUGUCCAGAGACGAUUACAAGAAGUUCAAUUGAGAUUAGCUACAUCAUCACAAUUACCCCCAUUAGAAAUCUCAACCCCAUUCGAAUUUACAUCUAUUCAAGAAACCACCCAGGCUUUUAAUUAUAACGAGGAAGAAGAGCAUAACCCUGCACAUAUUUUUCCUGAAGAAAAUUAUAGUGAGAAAACUUUCGAAACUCCAUCCCAAUUACCACAUCGCUGUGAGCCACAGCAACCGCAGCAACCGUACAAAGAACCUUCAACCCUAACUUAUUCUUCUACCACUCGAACCCCGUCCGAAACCUUCCACAAUGACGAAGAAGAAGAUGCUACCUCGGAAGAAAUCCAAGUAAUAAAUUCCGAACCUACUCACGAACCAGCGAAUCUAGAGGAAGAAGCAGCAAGAGUAUUUGCUACUCUAGCUAAUUAUUUUGGAAAUCUCAGACCAACUCAACCAGAAACUCAAAACUUACCUGAAAACCUUCCCCAGAGAACCACUGAUCUUCCGCGAACUCAAGAAAAAAUCGAAUCCAUCCAUCCUCAAGACAAAGCCUUUCCAGAGAUCCAACCUGCUGAAAAUAACCCUGAGAAUAACAAUAAUAAUAUUCUAAAUUUUAAUAAUUUAUUUAAUUUUGGGAAUCAAGAAAAUAAUAACUUACCUGGCCUCAACUUGUUUAACACCGAUCCUACCUUCAAAAAUCCUGAAAACAUGAAUCAAGACCAAUUUAAUACAUUAAUCAGUGCUUUGACUGGGCUUACUGCUCAACUGAAUAAUAACACACCUGCCUCUACUCCUACAUUACCUGUAACCAUUCCACUUUUCUAUGGCCGUCCACAUGAAAAUGUUAAUUCAUG